AUGGAAUUCAGGGAGGCUCUCGGUCGUAGGAGCUUGAAAACAUUCGAAGAGGGGAAUAACCCGAAAAAACGUCUUCUCUCGUUGAACUCCACUCCCAAUUUUUCACUUUCUUCGAAUGACCUUAAAUCGGCUACGUAUGGAUAUGGGCCACCAUUCCUCUUCUCCCUUCCUGAACCGGUUGAGGACCCUUGGAAAUUCAAGUCCUCUCCGGCACUGAGGAAAAUUGGUGCGAGACCUUUGUCCGCUAACGCUUUGCGUAGGAGAAGAAGAGCCAUGAACUUACAUCUACAUGGCUCUCAGCAAAUCAAUCCCGAAGACAUGUAUAACGAAGAAAUGAAUGAAAAUAUUGAAUCAAUCGACGAAAAGCCGGACAGGAGUGGCACCGGCCGAUCGAAUUCAAAUGAUGACUGGGUGCACAAACUAAGCCGAGUUCCAGCAUUAGAGGAUGCGUGUAAGCGAUGGGAGAAAUAUCCUUUUCAAGAGUUUAAAAAAAAGUUACCUCUUCCGCUUUCAAUAGUUUUCCUUAACAGUUCCUUGCUCGUUGGCACAUGCAUGAACCGUGAUCCUACCGUGUUCGCAAGAGCAAAGGUUUCCGCCGAAGCGUUCGGUGAAAUAAUUAAUAAUUUAAUGGAGCAGUUCUCAUACAAAACAAUGCUUUUCAUGGUUGCCAUCGUGAUCGCGAUAUUCGUAUCACGGGCUCUAGUGGAUCUUUUCAAAACACGCUUUCUCAAUGACUUCACGCGAUCGAUACCUCACGAUGUGCAUCCUUCACCGGCACCGAUGACUCCAAUGCAGGCUCAUUCCAUAACACCUAUUCAACAUCACAUUUCCCCCGGAAAUUCCGCAAAUCAUUCGAUGACUCCACAGCGAAACAGCGUUGGAGUGUAUUACGUUAUGAACCCUCCAAUUUAA